AUGCUCGUCGUUCUCGGGUACAGUGAACGAGAUGGGGCAAGCCUGUACAUGGGACAGUCAUUCAUCGAUACAAAUGGCGAAAUUAUCCAUCAUCGACGGAAGAUCAAGCCAACUCACGUGGAACGAACAAUCUGGGGUGAAGGACAGGCCGAAUCACUCAAAGUCGUCGUUGACUCUAAGUUCGGAAAGGUCGGCGCGUUGAACUGCUGGGAGCAUUUGCAGCCAUUACUUCGAUACAACGAAUAUGCACAGGGUGUACAGAUCCAUAUCGCCAGUUGGCCAGCUGAGUUUGAGAUGCCAGACCCUGAGAAGAUUGCUUGGCUGUACCACGAGACUGGCGAGGCGAGCUAUCGCUCAAGUCAAUUCAUGGCCAUUGAAGGGGCAACUUUUGUCGCUGUGGCCUCACAGGUUCUUACCGAAAAGAACUUGGAAAUAAAUGGACUUACAGGCAAUCCUGUGACCAAAACACCGGGUGGUGGAUUCUCGAUGAUCUUUGGGCCCGAUGGCAAGCCACUUGCAGAGCCUAUUGGCGACGGUGAAGAGGGCAUCAUCACAGCUGUGGUCAAUCUGAGAGAUAUUGAUAAGCCCAAGGCUUUCAUUGAUGUCGUUGGACAUUAUGCGCGGCCCGACCUGCUGAGUCUCAAGGUCAACGACAAGGUUGCAAAACAUGUCGUCGUGGAUUAG